AUGCUCGUCCGACCCUUCCCAUCCCUCCUCCUCCCCAAACCCCUCGCAUCCCUCGCCUCCACCCUCUUCAAAACCACCAAGCCCACCACUUCAGGCACCCAAACCCGCCUUUUCUCCCUCCUCAACCCCAGCGCGCGCUCCCACACAAACCGCAUCUUCGACCCGGUCCGCCAACCAAACGACCUACACACGCUCACCAUGCUCAACGCCGCCGAUAACCGCACACUCAUAACGACGUGGAGCGCAAAAUGGUGCGCGACUUGCCAAACGAUCCGGCCGCUGAUUCUGAAGAUGAUUGAGGAGGAGAAGGUGGGGGAGCGGGAGGGUGGGCUGGGGUAUGUGGAGGUGGAGAUGGAUUCGACGCUGAUCGAGGAUUUGCCGGUGAAGUUUAGGGUGAGUUGA